AUGGGCUCCACCAUAGGCUGCCCGGCCCGCUGUGAGUGCUCAGCACAGAACAAGUCUGUCAGCUGUCACCGGAGGCGCCUGAUUGCCAUCCCCGAGGGCAUCCCCAUUGAGACGAAAAUCCUGGAUCUUAGCAAGAACAGGCUGAAAAGUGUCAACCCGGAGGAGUUCACAGCUUUCCCUCUGCUGGAGGAGAUAGAUCUCAGCGACAACAUCGUUGCCAACGUCGAGCCUGGAGCCUUUAACAAUCUGUUUAACUUGCGCUCCUUGCGGCUGAAAGGGAACCGUCUGAAGCUGGUCCCUUUAGGGGUCUUCACCGGGCUGUCAAACUUAACAAAGCUAGAUAUCAGUGAGAACAAGAUUGUCAUUCUGCUGGACUACAUGUUCCAGGAUCUGCACAACCUCAAGUCCCUCGAGGUUGGGGAUAACGAUCUGGUUUAUAUCUCUCACAGGGCCUUCAGUGGGCUGCUCAGUUUGGAGCAGCUAACUCUGGAAAAAUGCAACCUAACAGCUGUACCAACAGAAGCCCUUUCUCACCUUCACAACCUCAUCAGUCUACACCUGAGACAUCUCAAUAUUAACCUUCUGCCUGCAUAUGCCUUCAAGAGAUUGUUCCACCUGAAAAACCUAGAAAUAGACUAUUGGCCUAUGCUGGACAUGAUCCCUAUCAACAGCCUAUAUGGCUUGAACCUCACCUCCCUCUCCAUCACCAAUACUAACCUGUCCACUGUCCCUUAUUCUGCCCUGAAGCACCUGGUUUACUUGACCCACCUGAAUCUCUCCUACAACCCCAUCAGCACCAUUGAGUCGGACAUGCUUGCUGAUGUGGUGCGCCUCCAAGAGCUCCACAUAGUUGGGGCCCAGUUGCGUACCAUCGAACCCCACGCAUUCCAAGGACUCCGGUUCCUUCGGGUGCUUAAUGUGUCCCAAAACCUGUUGGAAACCAUUGAAGAGAACGCGUUCCACUCCACCAAAGCCCUGGAAAUCCUCUGCAUAAGCAACAACCCACUGGCUUGUGACUGCCGCUUGCUUUGGAUUUUACAAAGGCAGCCCACGCUGCAGUUUGGAGGCCAGCAGCCAAUGUGCGCCGGCCCGGACAGCGUCAAAGAGAGGCCCUUCAAAGACUUCCACAGCACCGCCCUUUCUUUCUACUUCACCUGCAAGAAGCCCAGGAUACGCGACAAGAAGCUGCAAUACCUGGUGAUCGAGGAAGGCCAAACAGUGCAACUACAGUGCAGUGCAGAUGGCGAUCCUCAGCCCACCGUCGCCUGGCUGACGCCGCGACGGAGACUGGUCACCACCAAAUCGAAUGGGAGAGCUACGGUGCUGGGAGAUGGCACCCUGGAGAUCCGGUUUGCCCAAGAUCAAGACAGCGGGAUCUAUGUUUGUGUGGCCAGCAACGCUGCUGGGAACGACACCUUGUCAGCCACCCUAACCGUCAAAGGGUUUGCCUCGGAUCGUUUCCUUUAUGCCAACAGGACUCCUAUGUACAUGACAGAUUCCAAUGACACCAGUUCCAAUGGAACCAAUAUGAAUACAUUUUCCCUGGACCUUAAGACAAUACUGGUGUCGACAGCCAUGGGCUGCUUCACAUUCCUCGGGGUGGUUUUAUUUUGUUUCUUACUACUUUUUGUGUGGAGCCGAGGGAAAGGCAAGCAUAAAACCAACAUUGACCUCGAGUACGUCCCCCGUAAGAACAAUGGUGCGGUUGUGGAAGGGGAGGUCCCGGGACCACGCAGGUUCAAUAUGAAAAUGAUUUGA